UUAACCUCUCCUUUACUUUACUUUUUCUUUUGUAAUAAUUUCUUGUGUGACGAUUUAAAACUACAGCAAUAAAAAUAAAAAUAACAUGGGUUCUCAGGCUUCUGUUGCGUCUUGCAAUAAACAGAAAAGUAAUUAUUCUCGCGUCAGUUCUAGACAAGGAUCAAAUGCUAGCAAACGUUCACAAGAAAAAGCACCAACGAAAAAGAGAUACACGAUAAACGACCCUGCGAAAUCGUGUUUUAUUCCGGAAAGAGUUGGAGAGAGAGAUCGCUCAAACACACAACAUUUUGCACUAAAGAGUCUCUUUGAAGGAAAUUUCUUUGAUAGCAUAAAAAAAUAUGUUGACUUUGAACAUCAUGUACAGAUAUUAGACAUUGGAUGUGGCUCAGGAGCAUGGGCAAUGGACACAGCAACUGAGUAUCCAACUGCCAGCUUUAUCGCAAUCGACAGAGCCGCCAUCUUUCCUACAUCCAUACACCCCGCCAAUGUUGCAUUCGAAUGUUUAGAUAUAGCCGACGUUCUACCUUAUAAAGAUAACCACUUCGAUUUUGUUCAUUUGGGUUCACUAGCAUUUGCUCUCCAAAGUAGCCAAUGGGCAAAGGUUUUGAAAGAAGCCUACCGCGUCACAAAGCCAGGUGGAUGUAUUCAACUUAUGGAAGCACAAUUAAUCAGUCCUGGAAAUGAGCUUGUCCUUUACUCUCAAGAGAAACUCAAGUCUAUCCUUUUACAGCAUGGGCAAAACCCAUAUUUGUACGAAAAUCUUGGAGCCAUGUUAUCAGAAGCCGGGUUUAAAAUAAUCCAAGAAGAAAAGAGGACAGUUGUACUGAAUAAUCACAUUUUAGCAGAUGAAUUUAUGCACAUCCUUAGUGAGAGUGUAGAUGCCUGUAUGCCAUUUGUAAUGUCUGUUGACGGAUUAGAGUCUUCUGAGGAGUUUCAAGCGUGGAAAUCGGCUUAUCUGGCGGCUAGACGGGAUACUUCUGAUGUAACCUGGUUUGGAGUUGCUGCUCGAAAACCUACACAAAGCUAAGAGUCUUUCUUUUGAUGUUCUUAUUGCUGUUGUUGCUGUAUCAUUUCUUCUUCUUCUUCUUCUUUCUUUGCUAUCUAUUAUCUUGUAUUCAAAAGGAACCUCUUGACUUUACUAAUCUCUUUCUUUAUUUCGUUUGUUCUUUAUUCAUACUAUAUAUAUCAUAUAUUAUGUUUUAUUAUUUUAUCUACUCAAAACUCAUAUACACACCCACCCAUACACCCACACACCCAUACAUAUACACACGCACACACACACACACACAUAUAUAUAUUGAAAUAAUAAUCAUAAUAAUAGAGCUGGUCUCAGUUUUAUCUUUACUGUU